UCAAACUUCUCAGCUACCAAUUGGGUGGAAAUAUUAGAACCGCGUUUCCAUUGGACAACAUUGAGUCACGUGUUAGAGUCCAGAAGAGUUGCUUUUACGUAUAAUUGGGUAACAUCGACAAGGCGCGUACAAUACGAUUCCAAAUGUAUGGUUUUAGCAUACAGUAAAAAGAUGCCGUUUAUCAAAACUAUUGCUGGUGUUACUGCAAGAAUAUGGUUAGAUGUAAAGCUAUAAUUUUACACAAACAGCUUGUCACAACAUCUUCCCACUGUACGUGAACGCACCGUGCUCGCUCUCAGGCGACGCGACGUAAAUAGACCGACGAGCUAACCACUGCGAAUUUGACGUUUCUGGCCAUGCCCGGCAAGUGCAAGUUCCAAGAAUCCUGGCUCUCCAAGGAGAUCUAUAAAGAGUGGCUGCUCAGGGACACCCAGGACAUCCACUUCGCCCGAUGCAAGGCGUGCUGUAAAUCCAUUAAACUUCAGACUAUGGGCGAGGCUGCCCUCACCAGCCACGCAGGGGGACUUGGCCACAAAGCGGCGGUGCGCAAGCUUGUGGAAGCAGGCAACUUGAGGAUAGUGAACGUCACCGGGCAUAUUCAUGACGGCGUGAGUCAGGCUGAAGACAACAAGGAGCACGUGGCCGUCUACCGGCAGCAUCACAACCUUGACCGAGUCGCAGACAAUUUGCACCAGAGCCCCACGGAAAACGCCAGAACUUCCCAGAAUGCCGAGCGGCAGGAGGCGUCUUUUCCCACCGCCUAUUUCACAGUGACAGGCACCCCCGGCUUCCUCAGCCAGCGUCUGGUGCCAUCGGCGGGCAGCAGGUCACACGGUGCAGAGCGCCACCUCCUGGAGCACCAGAAGAGGGCAGACGCCCUGGAGCAGCAGCAGCAGAUGAGGCUGCUGGAGUGGGAGAGCAGGAUGAAGGUGCUGGCGUGGGAGCAGGAGCUGGUCAGGCAAAAGACACGAGCCGCUCGCCAAAAGGAGAAAGCCUUCAGGAUGAAGAAAAACUACUACAAGGCCAAGCUAAAGAGAAUGGGAGAGUAUGUGCCGCCAUCUUCUCCAGGAAGCAGUGACAAUGACAACGUGGAGAGAGGUCCCGAUCUAAUGAGAGCCUAAUUUGGAAUCUUAAGACAUUUUGGCCCGAACUAUUUCCAUUUCUGGUUUUGUACUUACUGUAAAUGCUUUGUUUAUUCAGCAAAGUAGUUUUCCCAUUGUUAUAAGAUGUUGAAAGUUGAAAGAGACCACCCCACUUGCACUUAAAGGCCUACUGAAAGCCACUACUACCGACCACGCAGUCUGAUAGUUUAUAUAUCAAUGAUGAAAUCUUAACAUUGCAACACAUGCCAAUACGGCCGGGUUAACUUAUAAAGUGACAUUUUAAAUUUGCCGCUAAACUUCCGGUUCGAAACGCCUCUGAGGAUGACGUAUGCGCGUGACGUAGCCCGGGGAACACGGGUAUGGCUUCCACAUUGAAGCCAAUACAAAAUAGCUGUUUUCAUCUCAUUCUGGAUGUAUUCUGGACAUCUGUGUUGGUGAAUCUGUUGCAAUUAUGUUCAUUGCAUUAUGGAGAAAGAAGCUGAGCAAGCAAAGAAGAAAGUUAUCGGUGCAAAGCGGACGUAUUUUGCGAAGGAAGUCAGCAGCAACACAACACAGCCGGUGUUUCAUUGUUUACAUUCCCGAAAGAUGCAGUCAAGAUGGAAGAACUCGGAUAACAGAGACUCUAACCAGGAGGACUUUUGACUUCGAUACACAGACGCCUGUAGAGAACUGGGACAACACAGACUCUUACCAGGAUUACUUUGAUUUAGAUGACAAAGACGCAGACGUGCUACCGUGAGUAUGCAGCUUUGGCUUCCAAACAUUUGAUCGCUUGACCGUAUGUGCGCGUCACGUACGUAAAUUUGUUUAAGUAUAUAAGCUUUAUGAACCUUGGGUUAGGUGAACGGUCUUUUGGGCUGAGUGAUUGUGUGUUGAUCAGGUGUUUGAAUUGUAUUGGCGUGUUCUAUGGAGCUAGCAGAGGAGCUAGGAGCUAGCAUAACUGAGGUGUUUUUAUGCAGGAUUAAUUUGUGGCAUAUUAAAUAUAAGCCUGGUUGUGUUGUGGCUAAUAGAGUAUAUAUAUGUCUUGUGUUUAUUUACUGUUGUAGUCAUUCCCAGCUGAAUAUCAGGUCACCCCCGGCUCUCACAGCAUCUUCCCUAUCUGAAUCGCUUCCACUCCCCACUAGUCCUUCACUUGCACUUUACUCAUCCACAAAUCUUUCAUCCUCGCUCAAAUUAAUGGGGAAAUUGUCGCUUUCUCGGUCCGAAUCUCUCACUUCACGCGGCCAUCAUUGUAAACAAUAGGGAACUUUGCGUAUAUGUUCAAUUGACUACGUCACGCUACUUCCGGUAGGGGCAAGCCUUUUUUUUUAUCAGAUACCAAAAGUUGCGAUCUUUAUCGUCGUCGUUCUCUACGAAAUCCUUUCAGCAAAAAUAUGGCUAAUAUCGCGAAUUGAUCAAGUAUGACACAUAGAAUAGAUCUGCUAUCCCCGUUUAAAUUAAAAAAAAUCAUUUCAGUAGGCCUUUAAAUCAGUGUUCAGAUACAGAGAGGAAAUAUUAAACACAUACUAUAUAUGUGUGUGUGUGUGUAUAUAUAUAUGUACAUAUACACAUUAUGUACAUUUGUAGCAAACCUGCACCUAACAUAACCCAGCCAGAAAUGAGGUUUUCAUGUAUUCAUGUAUAUACAUACCGUACAAACCCCGUUUCCAUAUGAGUUGGGAAAUUGUGUUAGAUGUAAAUAUAAACGGAAUACAAUGAUUUGCAAAUCCUUUUCAACCCAUAUUCAGUUGAAUAUGCUACAAAGACAACAUAUUUGAUGUUCAAACACUAAUUGACUGAAAGAGUGCGCACUUGAUAUCACGUUAUCGAUGGGAAAAUGCAUUUUUAGACAAUACGAUUUGCCUGAGCGGCUAGGAGACACCGAGAGUAACAAGCGGUAGAAAAUGGAUUAGAGUGAGACAUUUAAAAAAAAAUUAUAAUUUAAAAAACAAUUAUAUUUUUUUAAUUUGGGACCUCCGGAUACGGCCGUAGUUUGGGCACCCCUGAUCUACAUUGUAGCCACUUGGGGGGAAAAAAAAAUGUCCUCUUUGAGCUACUGUAGAUUUGUUCAAGUGAGUUUCCUAAAUAUUGAAGACAUACACACAAUAAAUAUUGAAUACAUACACACAAUAAAGCACCCAUGUAAGAAUCAAUUAUUCUUUGUUUGGUUUUUAAUGUCCAACAUUUCUCUUGUAUCCGCGGUAACAGCAACGGAAUGUUUUCAUGCCAAAAAAGGCAUGCCAUUGUGAGCACAAAGGCAAUCCGACACAUUCCCACCCAUCAUCCUUUCCCCAUCCCUCCUCCUCCUCCUUCUGUCCCACCCUCUUUCUCUUGGAGCGCGUCGCCUUUUAUGCGUGGAGUCAACCUUUUCUUCGCUGUAGUUCUGACGAUUCAAUCUAAAUGAAUGUUUCAAGUCAAGUAGGAGGAGAUGGCGUCCAUUUUAAACAAUAUUUACAUCCACUAUUAAUGAAGAUACACGAUAUUGCCAAAAGUAUUUGGUCACCUGCCUUGACUCACAUAUGGACCAUUCAAAGUUCCUUUCACUGGAACUAAGAGGCCGAGCCCAUCUCCUAAAAAAACAACCCCACACCAUAAUUCCUCCUCCGCCAAAUUUCCCACUCGGCACCAUGCGGUCCGAAAUGUACCGUUCUCCUGGCAACCUCCAAACCCAGACUGGUCCAUCAGAUUGUCAGAUGGAAAAGUGUGAUUCAUCACUCCGGAGAACACGUCAGAAUAAUUGUAUCUAAGUUAUCACAAAACUUUGUGUUACAUUGAGUUCAGCUCGCCCUGCGAGAGGACAAAAGCUGUCCUUGAUCCUACCAAGCAGAAGGCUUGUAAAACUCCACUGUGUACGAUGGGAAGCGACAUGAAGGCGUCGGUUUCUCUCUUCUAUUGUAAUCCACAGGAAGAUUUUGUCUUGACCCGAAAUCUACAAAGCGGAGAGGAAGCAGGGCCUGACUACUCUCCAGGCACCUCUUCUUUGAACUGUUUUACGACCUUUUCUUUGAACUGUUUUGUGACAAGGGCGGCGGCUGUUUACGACCCCCCUCCCUUAGAAACAGCUGUUGCCAUGUAAUCAGGGAAAGUCCAAAUAAAAGAGGAGGCGUACAAUCUUUUGUCAGAGCGUGGUGGAGACUGUACAAGAUUACAGCCCAGCCGUUUCUCCUCAA